UUUUGCUUCACCUUCCCACUUUGUUGCUUUUCGGCAAUUUAUUCCCUUUAAACAUUCGACAUACACAGUUACACUCCCCUCCCGCUCUCUCUAUGUGCCAAAUAUUUCAAGACAAAAAGUGUAAGGCACACACUGCGCACGCAUUUCUUUUAAAUCCAACUCCUUUUUUCCUGGUUAAGUAUCAGCAGUAGCUAAACGGGUUCAGUCGGGACGUAGUGGGCGGUGUCUCUCGUAUUAAUUUAGUUACUCAGCAACUGAAGAGCGGUGUGAUCGCAAAGAUGGAAAAGCUUUCGGCAGGGUUGAGCCACCUCUUCAUGACAAUCUUUCUGCACAACUUCGCCACGUUCAUGGUGAUCCCGGCCAUCACCGACGUUACCAUGUCUGCUCUUUGUCCCGGAAGAGAUGAGUGCUCCAUCGCCAUCUACCUCACCGGAUUUCAACAAGCGAUCGUAGGGCUGGGAACACUGGUGAUGAUGCCAUUGGUUGGGAAUCUCUCAGACAAGUUUGGGAGAAAAGCUUUGCUUACACUGCCAAUGAUCUUCACAAUUAUCCCUUUAGGGAUAUUGGGAUAUAGCAGGAGCAAGAGUUUCUUCUACGUCUACUUCGUGGCCAAAACUCUAACCGCCAUGGUUUGUGAAGGCAGCGUUCAUUGCCUCGCCCUUGCCUAUGUGGCAGAUAAUGUGGCAGAAGGAAGGCGAGCCUCAACAUUCGGAGUCCUAUCGGGGAUUAGUUCCUGUGCAUAUGUCUGCGGAACCCUCUUCACUCGUUUCCUCUCCACUUCCACUACUUUUCAGGUUGCGACGGUGGUGGCGGCUGUGGCAGUUAUGUACCUGAGGGUUUUCCUACCGGAUUCCAACAUAGACAAGAAUCUUUCCGCUCCGUUACUCUCAGAUGAAAAGAUCACAAUUAAGGAUUCAGCUGAGACUUCAAGUGCUGAGAUAUUGCAGCCAGCCAAAACAUUGCCUUCCUUAAGUGAUUUAAUCUCCUUGUUGAAAACUAGCACAACGUUUUCGCAAGCUGCAAUUGUUGCGUUUUUCAGUAAUCUAGCGGAUGUUGGCCUCCAUGCUUCAAUGUUGUACUUUCUAAAGGCGCGGUUUCACUUCAACAAGAAUCAAUUUGCUGACCUGAUGGUUAUUUCCGGGGUUGCAGGCACUGUUUCACAGCUGGUUCUCAUGCCCUUGCUGGCUCCUGCUUUAGGAGAGGAGAGGCUACUGUCGAUAGGCCUCCUUUUUAGCUGCCUACAAAUGUUUCUUUACGGCAUUGCGUGGUCCUUCUGGGUGCCAUAUGCUGCUGCCAUGUUCUCCAUCUUUUAUGUGUUUGCACAUCCAUGUAUGCGAAGCAUUGUAUCGAAACAAGUUGGACCGUCUGAGCAGGGGAAGGCUCAAGGGUGCAUUUCAGGCAUAUGUUCACUUGCAAAUGUUAUAUCUCCGAUUGCUUUCUCCCCUCUCACAGCUUUGUUCCUGUCCGAAAAGGCGCCAUUUAAUUUCCCAGGCUUUAGUCUCAUUUGCGUUGGAUUUGCUGCGAUGAUAGCCUUCAUGCAAAGCGUGAUGAUAAGGGCUGCUCCUCCCCUCUCGAGCCGACGUGUCAGCGAAAGUUGCAAUCACACGGAGCCCUAGUUUUCGAAAGUUCUAAGACAGAUGGUUCCUCGUCUAGUUCCAGGCUGACCCUGGUACAUCACUACUGUAAAGCUCAACGGUCCUGUUGUGCUGCUGGCUUAAGUUUUUGCUGCCAAUUUAUUGACAAUGUAAUUUUGGUGCAUGCUUUGGAAGGGUGACAUGGUGGAGUCUGGUUUUCUUGUACUCAAAGUCACCUUCCGCGGCAAACAAAAUAUGAUGUUAAAAAUACCAAUCAUGGAAUUUUCCUAUCACAUGAAGAGAGGAGGUUUUAGAAACAUACUUUAGUCUCUAUAUAAUUUGAAUUGAUGUAAAAACUUUGAUGCAGCUUAGUGAAUCUUAUUAAUCAAUGAUUAAACCAUAAAA